AAUACAUAAAUUAAAGUAAACCUAGUCUAUUAUUUAGCUUCGGAGACGUAAUUAAAUUGAUUUAUAACUGAAUCGACUUUUUAUUUUACCAUACUAUUAUACACAGAGCAAAACAGAGCAAUGUUGAAACUCAGUAGCCGUUUAUCAACACUACGCAAACAAUUGGCAACGCUGUUGCGUUUUCAAUUUGUUAAACAUCUUGCGAAUUUUAAGAACACGCGCGUUUAUUAUCCAAUGGACGGCGAGAGUAAUAACAGCACGAAAAUAGAUGCGCCAAGGCAGGACACAGGCGAUGGCAGAGCAACGCCGACAGCGUCAGACCACUCAGCAGGCAGCGAUGGCGAAUCGGAGGCGCAGUGGCACUGGCGCUGCCUGCCGAUCGAGGCUGUGCACCGCGGCCUGCUACCAUUCGAGCUGGAUCAUCUGGGCGCCGUGCUGCCAAGCGCCCAGCACAAGGUGCUCUACCGGCAUCCCAUACGAGAGCCAGACAACGAGCCGCCGCGCCCAUUUCGGGGCGGACAUCGUUGGGACGCCGAACAUGUGCGUCUGCCGUGCGCCGCGGAGAGCAAGUAUCCCGUCGAGGCGGAGGAUGGCACAUCGGACAUUGAGUCGCGUUGGGGCAUGAUCAAGCGGGCUCUGCUGCGUCCGAUCGGCAACAGCAAACAGCUGGAGGCGGCCAUUCUAUCGUACAACAGCACGUACAAGAACCAAUGGAGCUUUUGCGCGCUGCACAAGCUCUUCAACGAUGAGCUGGACGACAGCGAGUCGUGCGUCUUCUUCGAAGAUCUGCUGCCACGCAUCAUUCGCCUGGCGCUGCGAUUGCCGGAGCUGAUCAAGGCGCCAAUACCGUUGCUUAAGCAGAAUCACACAGCUGCGUUGUCGCUGACCCAGGAGCAGAUCUCGUGCCUGCUGGCCAACGCCUUUCUAUGCACGUUUCCUCGUCGCAACACGCUCAAGCGCAAAUCCGAGUACAGCAACUUUCCAGACAUUAACUUCAAUAGACUCUAUCAGGCAGGCGGCUCAGCGGUGCUCGAGAAGCUGAAGUGCAUCUUCCACUACUUUCGACGCGUCUGUCCCACGGAACGCGACGCCAGCAACGUGCCCACUGGCUGCCUGACCUUUAUGCGUAUCAGCGGGAAGCCGGAGGAUGAGGUUAACUGGCAUACGAGCUCAGCGGUCCUGGCCAGCAUACCCAUGCACAUUAAUGCCGGCGGCACCAUCGAGGAUCAGGGCAUUGGCCUGCUGCAGGUCGACUUCGCCAAUAAGUUUCUGGGCGGCGGCGUGCUGGGCCACGGCUGCGUACAGGAGGAAAUACGUUUUGUCAUCUGCCCGGAGCUGCUCAUCUCCAAGCUCUUCACCGAGUGCCUGCUGUCCACGGAGGCGCUGCUGAUGGUCGGCAGCGAGCGUUUCAGCAACUACACGGGAUAUGCGAGAAGCUUUGUGUGGGCCGGCAACCAUGAGGAUCGGACACCCUACGACAAGUCGCGACGCCGCCACACGGCCAUUGUGGCCAUCGACGCGCUCAGAUUUGACCAGCAGAUGCAAGCUCAUCAGUAUCGCGAGGAUCUCAUUUUGCGUGAGCUGAACAAGGCGUCCAUUGGCUUCAGGCACUGGCUAUCGACGCCGCCGCCCGGCGUGGCCACCGGCAAUUGGGGCUGCGGCGCCUUCGGCGGCGAUCCGCACCUCAAGGCGCUUAUUCAGAUCAUGGUCUGCGCUCAUCACGGCCGCCCACUGGCCUACUACACAUUCGGCAAUCGCCAGCUGAGGGAUGACCUGCACGUGCUCUGGCAACUGUUCCGUGCCCAUGGCACUACUGUGCACCAACUCUACAACGUGCUGCGUCCCUUCAAGAAGGCGGGCGCCGGCAAAACGCUGUAUACGUUUGUGCUCGAGAGCCUGAAGGUGCUGCACAAUCACCAAGACCAAGUCCAGCCCAUCGCAGCGGACGCUGUGGCAACUCCAGUUGCCCCAGCUGCUGGCGCCACAACACAGCAAAGUCCUGAUCUAUUUGCCGAUUCCGAUUGCUCGCUUAACAACGGCAUUGUGCUGUCGGACAACGAUGAUGACGCCGAACAGGAGAAGGCCAAUGCCAUGAUGCUGGCUGCAAGUCUCGAAAGUAGCGGAGGCGCGGGCGGCAGCACCAGCAGCACCUCCAUCAGCAACAGCAACAACACAGCUGCUGCUGCUGCAGCAAGCUCUCCGGCUCAUGCUGGAGGCAAGCGACAGCAGACGCUGCUCGAAAUGCUGGACAGGCACUACGACCAGGGGCAGGCGAAUGGCUCGAAGCGCCAGCAUCAGUCGACGACAGCGGACAAGUGCGGCAAGGCGCGCAAGGAUUGCAAGGACGACGACGCGAGCAGCGGCAAUAGCAAUAGCAAUAGCCGCAAUUAACCAAUGUCCGAUUGCUCAGAUUUAUAUAUAGUCAUAGUCAAGUCUCGCAGUCGGGAUCUGUUGCCAUCUCUUUCGCAUUUAUACUAUUGCGAUUAGUUAGCUGUGCUCUCCCUCAUAACGGUAUCGGCAUUACCGCUCUAGAGAUUAUCCACAUAUACCUACAUAGCGUCUAGCCUAUAUAUAUGUACACACCUAUAUAUAUAUAAUUCAUAUAUCUAUUUAUAUAUAGAGAGACAGAGAGUUUUAUGUAGUUGGUCGCUUUUAAGAGUAGUUUAAUAUUUAUAUGCGACAAAGAUUGUAUUUGCCUCUGGGCUAGGCUAUAUCGUAAAGCUAGUUCGAUAGUUCGAUAGUCCGAUAGUUUGAUAUUUGAUUAUGAUUUAAGCCUUGUUAUUCCGUUUUAGACAUAACAAACCAAACUUGAGCGAAUUUCGAUCGAAAUAGAACCAAAUCAGAUUUCAAUUUAUGCAUUAACAAUUUUGUGUUUUUUUUUUGUUUAUUUUUUUUUAGUUUAAUUUGACUAACCUCGACAUUGAUUGAAUAAUGCAUCUGUGAUACAAAAAGAAAAGUAUCGGAAAAGCUUGGCAAGUUUUUCUUGAUGUUUGUUGCCUGCUCUCGGCCCUCCUAAGUUGUCCACCAAAAGAAUCGAAAAGAAAAUAUCUUUUAGCUUAAGUUAUUUAUGGCCCGCAGAGUUUUGCUAGAAAAUCUGUUCCUUGGGCUUAACUAUUCGAAAGUUGUGAACAAUUUGA